AUAAUGACAGUUCUUUCUAAUGCCCACCUACAAUCAAAACAUCUCUCAUCCGGGUCUCUUCCUCACACUGCAAUCCCAUUAACAUUACUACCAUUUCUACCUGCUCAGUGGUCUGAGGCUCAGAGGUUAAUUAUCUCUUGCGGGCUCAUUUCCAUCCAAAAUGGCCAAUUUGUGCCACGUGUCUUGCCGUAGGCAGCCAUGCUACGCUCGAUUGGACGGUUUUGUCAUAUGACCCCACGCUUGAUUGGUCUCAGGUGUGAUGACUCGCGUUCUCGUUAUCCUACAGUGUUUGUUGUGGACGCGGCCGCGCUGUUUUUCUUAAAUCUGUGUUUUAUUACCCGUCAAGGUCACAAGUCACAGUUUAAUCGCCAUGGGCGCCACCAGCACCUCACUCCUUCGCUUUUAAAGGGCCACCAUGUCUGGAACGAGCAACGGCUCAUUUCCAGGCGAGGGGUACAACCUAGAUCUCAAGAGCGCAGACGUGCUCAGGCAGCUGGAAGCCCACCGGCCCAUCAAAAUGGCAAUUAUACUAGCGCUGGGGGUCAUGAUCACGCUGGGAAACGUGGCUGUGGUAACGGUGAUCUCUUCGGCGGUGCCUGGCUGGUCUAGAAACUCCCGCUACUUUUUACUCUCUCUGACCGGGGCGGACUCCGCCUUCGGCCUCGUCGUCAUGCCGCUGAACCUGUGCGUGAGCCUCAUGAAGGACUACAACGACGGCCCGGACUCGUUCUGCCACGUGGUGGCGUUUUUCAACGCUGCCGUGUACUCGACGUGCAUGUACACGCUGGCGAGCAUCAGCCUGGAGCGCUACGUGGCCGUUUUCUACCCGCUCCAAUACGCCAGCCUACUGAGCCGCAGGAGGGCGCUGUUGCUCAUCGCGCUGGCCUGGGGCUUCCCGCCAGUACUUCUCGCGCCCGUCUCGUGGCCGCACGGCAUCAUCGAGGUCCGCUUCUCUGCCGCGUCGCUCGUCUGCAACCCGACCUACUCCAGCAACGUGGCCUACUCGCUCGCGCUCACCGCCUUCAUCUUCUUCCCCUGCUCGGCCAUCAUGACCUUCUGUAACCUCAGGCUGUGGGCGGCCGCCAAGAGGCAGCGGCUGAAGCUGAAGCUGAGGAUGAGGAGCCGCGCGGGCGGGAACGGGCCUGACGUGGCGUCGCGCGUGCUCGUCCCCGUGAUGACCGUGUACUACACUUGCUGGACGCCGUGUAUGGUCAUCUUGAUUUAUAAUGCGACGUCAGGCAGUGGUGUACCAGAGUGGGUAGAGUUCGUUGCUGUGUGGCUACCAACCUCCAAUGGCUUCCUCAACUGCAUCUUUUACUUCUGGAUUAAUAAAAGUUUCAGAAGGAAAUUCCACAUGCUUCUCCACAAGCUCUGUCUAGGACUUUGCCCCAGUGCGGAAAGGAGGCUUGGGUGCACCAAGCCAGUAGGCACUUCUGUAGCGCCUGUAUGGAAUAACAACAACUCUCUGAAUGAGCGAUCGUCCAGCGUGUCGUCCACAUGUACUCUACUCACGAUCGCUGCAGAGACCUACAUCUGA